UGUAGGUACGACACUGAUUCAUCGAGAGAACGCGGAACUACGAAAAAAAAAACGCUGACCUGAUGCGCAAGUACAAGAGCCUACAAAGACUACAUGAGAAAGCAAAAUCACAGCUCAAAAGUGCGAGGAAAAAACUGGCAUCUGCUGAAAAAAAAAUACGCGAAUUAACUACUGCAAGCUUUCUGAACAAUGACCAAGCAGCUGCUCUGGCGAGAAAGACUACGAAAGGAUCAAAAUGGUCUGAAAAGACUAUCAGAGUAGCACUUCAGAUUAAACAUGCAUGUGGCACAACAGGAUAUGAACUACUGAGGUCGAUGUCGUAUCCAUUACCUUCGAACAGGACCCUCAUUAGAAGACUUCAGAACAUCCGCUUUUUGCCAGGCAUUCUUCAUGAGGUACUAUAUGUUUUAAAGCUCAAAAGUGAGACAAUGCAUGACAUAGAAAAGGACUGCGUGUUAUUCAUGGAUGAGAUGGAAAUCAGCCAGGGUUUCGAUCACGACCGCUCUCUAGACUGCCUUUUCGGGGGUACCACGCUGCCACAGUCAAAUGUGCAAGUUGCCAACCAUGCCCUUGUGUUCAUGAUCGGUGGGCUAAACACGAGGUGGAAGCAGGUCAUAGCCUACCACUUCACUGGGCGAUCAGUCGACGGGGCACUCCUGAAAGAUCUUGUAUUUCAUUUAUUUGAGCUCUGCGUUAAUAUCACGUUGCGAGUGCUUGUGGUAACCAGUGACAUGGGAUCAGCUAACCGGACAGUAUGGCGCCUACUGGGAUUCUCCAGCAACAAUCAGAGACCGUGUGUUCUGUACCACACCCGCACCUUGCAGACCAGAUGUUGUUUUUUAUGGCUGAUCCAGCGCAUGUUUUGAAAAACAUUCGGGCCCAGCUGCUUCGUUCAGAAAUAUUUACACUAGGACAAGAAACCGUUAAGGAGCAAGAGCUUCCUGGAGAAAUUGUCAGCGUUGAUCACAUUAAAGCAGUCCUAGAAUUUGACUCUGACGAUGACCUGAAGGUUGCGAAUAAUUUGUCUGACAUCCACAUUGGCAGUGGGCACUUCACUAAGAUGAAGGUGAAUGUCGCCGUUCAAAUGUUUCGCGAAGCCCCUCCUGCUAUCACAUACCUGGUCAAACAAGGAAAGCUAAAGCCUGAAGCAGAGGCAACAGCUUGGUUCCUUGAAUUAGUGAGCAAAUGGUACACACUCAUGUCAUCACGGCACCCAGUGGUUGCUUUGAGCUAUUUUAAUCCCUCAAUACAUGAAGAUGCAGUUAAAAUCCUUCAACUGGCUUGUACAACUUCCUGCCGUAUCAACAUGGGCAAAACUGCUCACUGGAAACCUUCCCAAGCCGGUCUCUUGAUAUCAACGACAGUUGUGCUGUGCCUGUCCGACGAACUGCUGAAGAAACGUGGCUACCGGUACCUGCUUACAGGUAGACUGAUACAGGACUGUCUUGAAAAUAUUUUCUCUGUUGUAAGACUCAGGAAGCCCAUCCCAAGUGCGUAUGAUGUGAAGUGUGCUCUAAAGAUGAUAUGUGUCAGCCAAUACCUGCACACGCCAACGUCAUCUAGCUAUAACGAGGAUGACAGCUUGCACUUAGCUGACUUCCUGGACCCCAGUAUCAAGGCACAAGUUGCGCAAGAAAGUGGGGAGAACGAGGAAGCAGAAGAGCUUGAAAACGUUCUUCUGUAUGCAACCACUGCAGUAGAACGUGACAUUCUUGCAUAUGUAGGAGGUUUUCUACUGAAGUCCAUCUUGAAAUUCAUUGACGAGUGCAAGGACUGCAAAGCGGCACUGGUAGGAAAUGACGAUAAAUACAGCACUCUCGUUAAGCUUAAAGAAUACGCUCAGGGCGUUGGAAAGCUCAUUCAGCCUAGCCGAGCUGUCAUGGAAGUGCUCACUGAAUGCGAAGAACACUUCAAGGCCUUUGCCGACGAAGACGGAAUUUUGGCGCUAAAAACCCCAUUCGCGAGCAUUUUGAGUGCAUUGCGCAGAUCAGUAACUGUGCCACUGGAGAGCUGCGAAAUCCAUCGUGCACAGGUAGAAAAGUCGCUGCUGGAAAAGUAUGUUAGGACAAGGCUAAAGAUUCAUCUUCGGCAAAAACAGGCACAAAGGGUGAAUGGUCAGUCAAGUAAGACUUGUGCUGCAGUGAACCUUGAGUAGCAGCUUUUUAAAAGGCUCCAAUCCAAUUUAAAAAUUACUGCUUAUGAAAAGAACGCAUUUCUGUGAGCAUACUGUGUUGAAUCUGUCUGUUACUGUGCAAAUGAACAUUCGUGUAGCUGACUUCAUUUGUUCUUUUUGAUGAGCUGUCCUUGUGCAGGAAAUGUGCACGCACCAAUUGUUAUAUGUUUUAUGUGUAAUCAACCUUCGAUUUUCGAUGUAAAUAAAUAUUCACUGAAACAAGCAACUUACCUUACGUAUCAUAACGUGAAGGCAUAUGUCGAAUUCGCUAAAAAGGGGGGUAAGUUGAAACCACAAUAUGACAUCUUACAAAUUUUGUGUGUCUCUUUUUAUGUAAUGUUUUGCUCUGCUCUGAUCUAUCUUCGUGCACAUUGCUCCUUGUUUCAACCGGUAAAGUUGUUGUUAUGUUGUUAUCG